AUGGAACGCAAGAAGCAUGUGCCAAGAGGCAAGGUGACGGCAAACAAGCCGGUAGACGACGUGAUCAUCAUCGGAAUCGAUUUCGGAACGACUUAUUCCGGGGUUGCUUGGGCGUAUUCCCGACAACCUGAGGAUAUUGAAGUUGUCACAAGCUGGGACGCAGAGAUGAGCAAGUGCUCGGACCUUGAGAAAGUGCCAACUCAACUACUCUAUGAGGACGAUGAGGUUGCUUCUUGGGGAUAUUCUAUUCCUGGGGAUGAGAUUGGCCUCAAGUGGUUCAAGCUCUUGUUACUAGAAGACUCUGACAUCACAGCUGAAAUGUCUAAUUCGUCACAGAUUCGUGAAGCCCGCAAAUUCUUGAAGGAAUCGAAUGACGAUGCAGCUGAUGCGGUUGCGAGCUUUCUGCGCGAGCUCUGGGGCCACGCUAUGGAUGCGAUUAUUCGCAAACUCGGAGAUGAGCUGGUUGGGCAAUCGAGGUUUCAUGUAGUGAUCACUCUUCCAGCAAUUUGGCCACUCUACGCCCAGCAGCGCAUGAAGCUAGCUGCCAAGAUGUCAGGUAUCCUCGAGAAGAGACUUUGCGGUGAAACCACCCUGCAUUUUAUCUCGGAGCCGGAGGCAGCAGCUCUUGCGACAGUUGAAGAUCUCUCCAAACGUUCAACCAUCAAGAAAGGUGAUACUCUAGUCAUUUGUGAUGCUGGCGGUGGAACAGUGGAUCUCAUCAGCUACGUCGUAGAGUCCACGAAGCCCUUCACUGUCAAAGAAUGCGUUAAAGGCGACGGCGGGCUUUGUGGCAGCAUUUUUCUGGAUGAGAAUUUUCUUAAACUCAUCAAGAGGAAGGUAUCUUCUACAUCCUGGAGGAACGUCGACAAAGCAGAUGAAAAAAGAUUCCUCAAUGAUGAGUGGGAACAUGGGAUAAAAAAGCGGUUCUGCGGCCAGGACAAGAGCUGGUUGGUCGCACUUCCUGAAGGUUGCCAUGGAGUCUUGAACCAGGGAUACAAAAGGCGAAGAACUAUUCAAUUAAGCUCAAACGAUGUUUUGUCAGUCUUUACUCCUGUUGUGGACGAGAUUAAAGAACUCGUUCAUCGACAGACCCAGGCGAUCCAGAGAAGAUAUGGAAAGCCGGCAAAGUAUGUCAUCCUCGUCGGUGGGUUUGGCCGAAGUCGGUAUCUCUUCGACCAACUCAAAGCUUCGACAGGAACCACGGUACUCCAAUCCGAUGGCAGUAAGCCAUGGACUGCUAUAUGCCGAGGAGCAGUCUUCAGUGGUAUUAGCCACAUCCUUGAGUCAAGCCUUGGUGCAAGAAUCGAUAGCAGGAUCGCUCGGUGCAGUUACGGGGUCUGUUUCACGGACACCUUUGUUCCCAAAAGGCACCGAGUCUGCGACAAGGUCUGGUCAGAAGAGAGACAAGAAUAUAGAGCUGAAAACCAGAUGAAAUGGUUUCUCAGAGAGGGCAACAACAUAUACACCAAGAGACCAAUCCGUAGCUCCUACACCAGACUCUUUCCCGAUGACGAUGAGCACACUGGCCCGAUCGUGCAAGAGAUCUUCAGCUGUUCGACCACGCCCCCUCGAGCUCGGGGACCGACCGUGGGGAAACUCUGCGAGAUCCACUGGACACGCGAGGUCAAGCUCGAAACUCUUCCGACGUGGACUAACUCAGUGGGAAAGGUCUAUCGCGAGCUUGAAUUCGAAAUCAAGAUGACAUGCGAAGACGGGACUGUAGACUUCGCCGUCUAUUUUGAGGGCCAACGCGUUGGAGCUCGAAACAUCGAGGUCAAGUUUUGA